UACAACUCAAAACAUCAAACAACAACAACAAAAAAAAAAAAGUUGAGAUGAAAAUGAAUAGUACUCCUUAUUUUGCUUUUCUUUCGUUAAUCUUCCUUGUGAUUUCAUUUCUUUCAUCCCAAGCUUAUGCUGAUUCUACACAGUUUCUUCAAUGCCUAAAGAGUAAAUCUCUAGACUCAUCCAUAACAAAAGUUACUUAUACCCCGCUCAAUGCUUCAUACACACCUGUCUAUGAAUAUUCCCUGCGGAAUCCUCGUUUCAAUGAUUCCACCCGACUCAAACCCCAAAUCAUAGUGCAACCCACCGCCGAAUCUCAAGUUCAAACCGUAGUUUUUUGUGCUAAAAAGUACGGAAUGAGGCUUCGAAUUCGAAGCGGUGGUCAUGAUUUCGAGGGUCUUUCGUAUAGUAGCACAUAUGAUAUUCCAUUUGUGUUACUUGACAUGAUUAACCUCCGAGCCAUUAGUGUUGACCCCGUGGCUAAAACGGCUACGGUUCAAGCUGGCGCCACACUUGGUGAACUCUACUACUGGAUUUACCGGGCAAGCGACACGCUCGCUUUCCCGGCUGGCGUUUGGUCCACAGUGGGAGCCACUGGACUCAUUUGUGGUGGCGGGUACGGCCCGUUGAGACGUGUGUAUGGUUUGGCUGCUGACAAUGUUAUCGAUGCCCGAAUUAUCGAUGUUAAGGGGAGGAUUCUUGAUAGGAAAGCAAUGGGAGAAGAUUUGUUUUGGGCGAUAAGAGGUGGAAGUUGUUCGAGUUUCGGAGUUAUUUUAUCUUGGAAACUAAAUCUCGUCGUUGUUCCAAAAACAGUUUGGUCUUUUACUACUUUUAGAACUUUGGAGCAAAAUGCGACCGAUAUUAUCUUUCCCAUGCAGACGGUUGCCCCGAAAUUUCCAAAGGAACUCGACAUGAGGAUGCGAAUCAGCACAAUUCAGAGCAACACCAGUGCUCGUGCCGAUGGUAAAACAGUCCAAUUCGCCAUUGGGGGAUUGUACCUUGGAUCGGGUGGAGUUGAAGAAGCACUUCGAAUUGUGCAAUCAACUUUACCCGAAUUAGGUAUGGUUAAAGAAGAUUUUACGGAACUCACAUGGAUUCAAGCUAUCAUGAUAUCUUCAUUCUUUAACCUCUUCGACGAUAACUACAAGCCAGAAGAUUUGCUCGACAGAACAUUCUUGGCUGAUAUUCCUACGAAAGCGAAAUCGGAUUUUGUUAGAGAACCGAUUUCCAAAGAAGGGCUCAAUGGAUUAUGGAACAAGAUGUUGGAAGUUGGCGUAGGGGAAACGACAGUAAUCUUUACAUUCUACGGAGGAAAAAUGGACGAGUACUCAGAAUCAGCACUUCCAUUCCCUAACAGAGCCGGAACAUUGUACAUGGUGUACACAAGAGUGCUCUGGGUUGGGAAUACAACUGAGAAGUUGGAAUGGAUCAGGAGCUUGUACAGUUACUUGACUCCUUAUGUUUCGAAAAAUCCGAGAAGGGCUUAUUCCAAUUACAAUGAUCUGGAUUUGGGAGUGAAUGAUCCAACUGGGGGUAUAGGCUAUUUUGAUGCAAGAAAAUGGGGGAAACAAUAUUACAACCAUAAUUUCAAAACACUGGUUAUGGUGAAGACCAGAGUAGAUCCUGACAACUUCUUCAGACAAGAGCAAAGCAUUCCUACACUGUCACUUUGGUCUGCUAUGUAAGAGGUUUAUUAAGCACAAAUAAUACUAAUUAGGAGUGAUUUAUGUUUUGCAUGCAUGGUGGUGUAAGUGAUGCACACCUCAAGUUCUAUUAAUUUGUAUUUCGGUUUGUUUUUUGAGCUUAGAAGCUGACAGUGAUCACGUGUAAUCCAAUAGUUUACGAGUGUACGCAGUACACUAAUAAAUCAGUAAUUAUUGUGCAGUA